UUCCGCUAGCAACACCGCCACUAUUGGCGGUCGGCGCGGACUCGUCACGGGCUCCUUACGAUGCCAGCAUGCCGUUGCCAUUCAACAAAACCCUGGACCUGAAGCUGCUUGACUUGGUGAAGGACAACCACAUCCUCUACAACCCCCACCAUCCCAAAUACCAGGAUUUUGACAGCAGGGAGGUGAUUUGGCAGAGGAUCGGCGAUACGCUAGGUCGACCGGCGGCCGUCUGCAAGGCGCGAUGGAUCAAUAUGAGAGACAUGAUGCGGAGGAAGAUCAAGGAUCGGCUGCGGAACCCUCACCAGCCCCGCUACCAUUAUAAAUACGAGGAUCAGAUGGCCUUCUUGGUCCCCUUCUUCAAGGAACCUUCCACCACCGAGUACCCUGAGUUACUAGAAGACUUUCAGCUUCAAGACACCAUACAAGAGGAUAGAGAAACGAAGUACAAGAGAAGAGAAUAUGACACCCAGGAAUUAAAUCCUGCUGAUCCUAUUGACGUGUUCCUAAUGAGUAUAGGGGGGACGCUGAGAAAUUUCAGCCCGUAUUACCUAAAUCAGGCGAAAAGUAAGAUAUUCCAAGUGGUACAAGACUUUGAGUUGCAGCAAAUUGUUGAUAAAGGUGACCCGGAACCCAGUGAUAGGUAGUACGAAAUAGAUGU